AUGCUUCUCCUCGAUUACCAGAACGUUCUUAUUCAAUCGGUUUUGACCGAGCGGUUCUCUGGAGCCCCGCCAACGUCCAUUGACCAGACAGUAUCCGACUUCGACGGCGUUACAUUUCACAUUUCGACCCUUCCCGAGACGAAAACCAAGAUCCUCUUGUCGCUUCAAAUAAGAUGUUUUGCGGACCUUGUCCGGUACGGUGCUGAGCAAGUUCUGCAAAGAGAGUACGGAGACUACAUCUGCCCCGUUGAGAAUGGCUAUGACUUUUCCAUCUUGAUUGACCUGGAGAACUUGCCGGAAGGAAAGGAGGAACGCGAUGCGCUGGCUCUCAAGUGUGCGCUACUAAAGCGAAACGCAAUGGCUGCACCGCUCGAGCAAGCCUACGAAGAACACUACAAACUCAAGGAAGAAGCCUCGAAAUUCACAUCAGAGGAAGCACCGCAGGAUAUCCGAAACGGCGGCCAGGUAAAGGCCAUUCACUACCGCGAAGAGGAGGCGAUUUAUGUCAAGGCUGCGCACGACCAUGUCACUGUCAUCUUUAGCACUGUGUUCCGUGAAGAGACGGACAGAGUCUUUGGCAAAGUCUUCAUUCAAGAAUUUGUAGAUGCACGAAGACGUGCGAUUCAGAAUGCGCCCCAGGUGCUGUUCCGCAACGACCCGCCUCUGGAGCUGCAGGACGUGCCUGGUGUUAAGAGCACUGGUACUGGCGAGAUUGGCUACGUGACCUUUGUUCUGUUCCCUAUGCAUCUCACUCCUCAAAGAAUGGAGCAGGUUAUUUCGCACAUCCAGACAUUCCGUGACUACUUCCACUAUCAUAUUAAGGCUUCUAAAGCGUAUAUUCAUUCGCGUAUGCGCAAGAGGACUGCUGAUUUCCUGCAAGUUCUUCGCCGGGCACGACCCGAGAAUGAGGAGCGCGAACGCAAGACCGCGACAGGAAGGUCUUUCAAGGUGCAGGGUUAG